AUGAGUGAUAAUGGAAUUUUGGUUGAGUCAGAGCAGAAUGUUGAUGAUGAGGAUGCAUUGCUUGGCGUCUCCAUCAUGUUUGCUACUGCUGAGAAUGAGUAUCUCUUGGAUGAUAUAUUGAAUGAUGUUUCCCGUCUCUUUCACGAACCACUUAAUCUCUUGAUCAUUACUCUGUUUCAGACUAGAGAGGAUUACCUCAGGCUUGUAAAGAAUAGGCGAUUAGCUGAGAAAAAGGCUAAAGGCAAGAAAAGAAAUGAUCCGCCACAGCAUGUUCUCGAUGACUAUGCCUCGAGGAGGGAGAAAAUAGAGAAAGUUGAUAAAUCUAAGAAAAUGUCUGAAAAUGCUAUUCAUCACCCUGGUACUAAAAAGGGCCAAAAUCCACAUACCUCAUAUUGA